CCGGCGGCGCUCAGUCAUUGAACAGCAUGAGCCGGGGGGACCGAAACCCAGCAGCGGUUCCACACGCCGCUGAGGAUAUUCAGGGGGACGACAGGUGGAUGUCGCAGCACAAUAGGUUUGUCCUGGACUGCAAGGACAAGGAGCCUGACGUGCUCUUCGUGGGUGACUCCAUGGUGCAGCUGCUGCAGCAGUACGAGAUAUGGCGAGAGCUCUUCUCACCCCUUCAUGCGUUGAAUUUUGGGAUUGGUGGAGACACCACGGGACACGUUCUAUGGAGACUGAAGAACGGUGAACUGGAGAACAUUAAACCGAAGGUCAUUGUGGUUUGGGUUGGAACAAAUAACCAUGAAAACACAGCAGAAGAAGUAGCAGGUGGAAUCGAGGCUAUCGUGCGCCUGAUAAACACCCAGCAGCCACAGGCCAAAGUGAUUGUACUGGGCCUGCUACCUCGUGGAGAGAAGCCAAACCCGCUGCGGCAGAAGAACGCCAAGGUGAACCAUCUGCUAAAAGCCUCGCUCCCCAAACUGCCCAACGUCCAGCUGCUGGACGUGGACGUCGGCUUCGUGCACUCGGACGGCACCAUCUCCUACCACGACAUGUUCGAUUUCCUGCACCUGACGGGAGGGGGCUACGCCAAGAUCUGCAAACCCCUCCACGAACUGAUCAUGCAGCUGCUGGAGGAGACCCCGGAGGAGAAACGAGCUGCCCUGGCCUGAGCAGCUGCCGCCAGCGUGCAGAGCAUCACCCAGCCCAUCAGAUCCGUUCUGUCACUGGCACUACAGAAUCCUUCUUUCUUAAAGCACUUUCCAUUGUAGAAUGUUACCGGCUGUUCGUACCUAGUGUUUGGAGGGGGAAGGCUCAUGGUUAACUGGUCUUGUACAUACGAGGGCCGGCUUGGUUGGUUUUAUUGCAGGAGGAGAUUAGCUGCAGAAGAGUUUUACUUUUAAACCAUUCCUCAUUUAACCCGAGAACAGGACUGUCGCUCUGUGCCCCCCUCACCUCUUGUUGCUCUGUGUUGUCCUAGAACCCUCGUAGCCCGUCUCUGACGGCCCGCGCACAGCUCCUGCUCGCCGGUCCUGGCUGUGGGGACUGUGCUCUGUGUAGUAGCCUGUGAACAAGAAUCACAUUCCACUUGCAAAAGCCAGAACAGAUGCAUUUUUCCAAACUCGGUCCCAUCUUUUAACGUUGGUUGGUUGGUUGUUGUUUGUUUUUUUUUUUUCCCCUGGGGGGGGGUUUGAAGUGACGCGUGUUGCUUCCUCACUCCUCGCCGAAGCGGCGUGAAACUGGAAUUCAGAAAUGCAAAGAAACAAACGGUUAAGCGAACUCGUGUAACACUCCCAGGUGCUUGUGCUUGUGCUUAUUUCACGUGCCUGUAGCCGGGCACCUUCCCCCCACGGGGCACCUUCCCCCCACGUAGCUUUCCCCGGGGGCAGCCUCGUCCCGGUGCUGCCGGCCGUCCUGUUCUCUGCUCCCGUCUCGCCGUGGUGUCGCUGGCUUUUAACAGUUGCUCAGUGUAGGAUUUUAAUUAUCCAGUAAACACCGCGCAAGGCACUCACUUCCUCGCUACUCUAGAGCCGUCAUUUCAUUCCUCCAGGAUGCUGCAGGGCCCUUUGUAAUGCUGUCCGUUGUUCUUUUUUUCUUUUUUUUUUUAAGUAUGACUGUUACAGCCUUUUUUUCCUAAAGGAAGCCCAUAUGAGUAGCCACUGUCCACAAGGCCUCAAUCACUCUGAAGCUUUACAGAUUCCGAGGUGUAUAUUUCUUUAUUGCUUCUGUUUUACAUGUAUAAACAUUUUUAUUUGAGCAACUACAGCCUCUAACAGUAAACACUGAAGCCAAGGUGUAGCUUUUCCUGCCCUGGACGCUGCUCCUCGCCUUGAGCCGAGGGACUGGAGGGGCAGGGCUGCGGCUAGCGGGGAUUUUGGUUUGGGUUUUCUGUUACGAGGGCUGGUUGUAGUCUACUAACGAUCAUUGGCAAACAGCCUUUCGUUUAAAAGCGAAAGGUUUCUCUUUUUCAGAAAGAAACUGGUUUGGACCCGGAAGGCAGAGCCCUAGACGAAUAGCUAACUACUCGCAGCUCAUCUGACCCAAAGCCUGUUCCUCCUCGGCUUACCCGCCGCCGCCGGAGCUCCCGCGGGCCUCGGCGCUUCCUCCCACGUGCGCGGGGUCCAUGGUCCCGCACGCUCAUCCCGGCGCGUAAAUCGUGGAGGAACGGGUCGCUUCGCAGUGGGCACUUCCCACCGUGUUCCCAGCGCGGGGCCUCAGGCCUCCGGGUUGCUUGCUGUGCCCCGCUGCAGUGGCGUACGUAGGCGCUGUACAUAGUCUGUCUGCCCUUUUACACGAAGGGUGCUGGUGUUUAACGCAGUCUAUAACCUAGCAGUAAGGAACUCGUUAAUUGUCCCACUACAUUCCCCUCUCCCCGUAGAUUUGAUCGUAGCAGGAUUUCUGCCUGGAUUGCAUGCGUAGUGUGUGUUUCGUUUCCAGUAUAUGUGAUCUACACACAGAUGAAGGAAAGAUGAAGCGUUCCGCUUGCGGCAGCAGAGCAGGACGUGGCGGUAGAGGCGAGCUCCGGCCCCACUGCCCCGACCAGGGCCUGCACUGCCCGGCGGGACGGGCCGAGGCGAGGCCGCUGCGCUGCCCACCAGCCGCUCGCCGGAGAAGUUGGGGCAAGGGAGAGUGGAAAACCGCAACGCUGUGGCGGAGGAUUCCUGGGGAAAGGACUUGCCCCCACCCCACACACCCCUGAAGGAGACGGGGUGAACUGGGCUCAGCUCCCUGUCAGCUUUCGAGGCGCUGGUUGAACCCCAUCGCUGGUUGAACCCCAUCGCUGCUUCGCUCCCGCUGCGUUUGGCUGAAGAGCUACUGACCAGGAACGUCUGCUCCAGCGAAAGGCCCCGGCUUCUCAAGUCAGCAGCAGCCGUGAGUCAGCCCCUCUUGGCGGGGGCCGGGCGGGCCCAGAGCUUUGGCAGGCUCCUGAGCCACCUGCGACGUGCCUGAGGAUGGCUCUGCUUAGGCUUGGCUUGCUAAGGCUCCACGCUCCGCUCAGUCCAGCGCUCACGGCCCCCCCUCUGCCCCCGUAACCGCCGCUGGUACUGCUGGCACCGCGUCAAGAAAGCGAGGACGGCUUCCUCCCCGCUCUGGCUUGAGCUCCGCUUGUCGCUGCCUCGCAGGGACCUGCCCUGCUCCCGCUGCUGGGCUUUGGGGGACCCGGUACCAACGUCCCCGCGCCCCGUCACAAGCUGCAGCUCCUGCUCCGGGUGACCGACGGCCCCUGAGGCUGGGAACCCUGGCGUUGUCACGGUGUGAGCUCUGCGGGAGGGUUGCCAGCUUCGUCUUCAUCGCAGCAGAGAGAAAAACAAACCAAAAGAUGUGAAAGGACAGAAAGUCGCUGGUAACCUGCCGGGGGUGGCAGGAUGGGAGCUGGGAGGAGGAGAGCCCACACCGGCGUGAAACGAGGCCGCGGGCUCCCUCGGCGCUGCCCCUCUGCCCUGCCCUGCCCACUCCAAACCUCCCCGGGACAAAACCGUUGUGAUUCCGCUUUGGCCAAAACGCAGCGUCGGCUGGUAGCGCUCGCUCUGUUAGUGCGUAUUGCGAUAUAAAUGUCUCUGUUUCACCCCA